AUGGCUACUGCAGUCGAACACAACAACGUCGGGCGCGGGCCAUCUUAUGAAAAGGACGGCAAUGGCACCAGUUCCCUCGACCAUGCCCACAACAACGGUGCAACAAAGCAAAGGGCCCCCUACGACUACGGCGGGAAUCCUCUUGCCCACAUUGCAACAAACAACCCCGACAUGCGCCUCACGGCCUUUGGUGGAGAAUUUCAACCCGGUCUCUACAAGCCUCAGUCGCGCGGCUUUGCCAACCCUGCGCCCUUAGGUCUCUCUGCUUUCGCACUUACCACCUUUGUCCUUUCUCUCAUCAACGUCAAGACGAAGAGCAUUGGCGCGCCCAACAUAGUCGUUGCAUUGGCGUACGGAUAUGGUGGGCUCGUGCAAUUGUGUGCUGGAAUGUGGGAAAUGGCAGUAGGCAACACCUUUGGUGCCACCGCCCUCUCCUCCUACGGCGGCUUCUGGCUCUCCUUCGCCAUCAUCCUCACUCCUGGCUUUGAAAUCGAAUCCGCACUCAUUGCCGCUGGCGUCAACGGCUCGCACGCCGUGUUCCUCAACUCCUUCGGCUUGUUCCUCAUGGGCUGGUUCAUCUUCACAACCCUACUGCUGAUCUGCACGCUGCGCUCCACCGUCGCCUUCUUCUCGCUAUUCUUCACUCUAGACCUAGCCUUUCUACUGCUCGGAAUCGGCUACCUACAAAACGACGGCCUGGAGCCCCAGAGCGAAUGCAUCGUUGCAGGCGGUGCGUUUGGCCUUAUGGCCGCAUUUCUUGCAUGGUACAACGCCAUUGCCGGUAUCGCGGACAGCUCCAACAGUUUCUUCGUCAUCCCAGUCGCCCACUUCCCCUGGAGUGACAAGGGUCGCGAGAGGCGCGACAAAGUCGACAACUCGGCCGCACGCGCGCACGAGGCCUAA